AUGAGUAUCGAAUCCAUUGUAAUUCUCGGCGGAUCAUUUGCAGGUAUUGGUGCUGCACACUAUGCGCUCCGACACGUCGUCCCACAAUUACCCAAGAAACAAGACGUCUCCUAUAAUGUGAUCAUCGUCACCCCCUCCACGGACAUGUACUGGAGGAUUGCAGCACCCAGAGCUGCAGUGUCCAAGGAGAUGAUGCCCCCAAGCAAAAUAUUCUAUCCCAUCGCGCCAGCCUUCUCCUACGCCUCUUCCCAAUUCAAGCUCUUGCAGGGUUUGGCAACACAUGUUGACCCAGCUGGGCAAAACGUAUCGGUUACAACUCGAUCAGGAGAACGGCAGACUAUCCCUUACGCAGCCCUUGUUGUCGCUACAGGUUUCACAUCACCUAGCCCGCUCUUCACCCAAGAGACGGGUGCCAGGGCUCUUGAGUCUGUUUAUGACGACUUCCAGCACAGCCUCAAGGGCGCCAAGCACGUCGUCAUUGGGGGUGGUGGUCCAGUGGGCGUCGAGAUGGCCGGCGAGAUUUCAGAAAUACUGAAUGGCAAGCCAGGCUGGUUCGCGCCCUCCUUCCCCAAGGAUCCCAAGGCCAAGAUCACGCUCAUCAGCAGUGACAAGAAACUGCUGCCCAUUCUCCGCGAAUCGAUCAGUAAAGAUGCAGAAACCCAUCUCAACCGUCUCGGCUGCGAAGUCAGCUACAAAACCCGCGUCGAAUCCGCCAGCAGGACUGGUGCCACCACGCUCGUCGAACUCUCCAACGGCGAGACCAUCGACGCAGACAUCUACAUUGACGCCACCGGUACCCGUCCAAACACUAGCUUUCUGCCCAAAGACUGGCUCAACAACCGCAACCGCCUUGUCUGCAACGAGAAGACGCUCCGCGUUGAACAUGCCACCGCCGGCCCACGCAUCUACGCGCUCGGUGAUGUGGCAUCGUAUACCCGCGGCGGAGUCAUGGACAUGUCCGAUGCGAUUCCUGUCGCCAUGUGCAAUCUACGCACCGAUCUGAUUGCCCAUCUCACGGGCAAUGCGCCAACGGGUGAUCGCCACUACACUGCCAAUCUCAAGGAGUCGCAGGUCGUGCCGAUUGGGACGCAAAAGGGUGUUGGCGCGUUUGGAGGCAUCAAGCUGCCGAGCCAGAUGGUGUGGAUGAUGAAGGGUCGGGACUAUCUUAUUGGCAUGUUGGCUGAGUCGACGCUGAGGGGAGAUGGGUUUAAGAAGGAGGGCAAGUGGACGCCGGUUCGGGAUGCGACGGCGAAGGUUGGGUUUAGCUCGGGGUAG